AUGGGCACUAACACUGAGAACCAAACUAGGCUUAUGGCUACCGAGCCCAUCACAAUCUUGCACCAAGAAUCCGACACCGCAGAGACCCGUGUUCUCUAUGAAAACAUUCCCAAGCGCAUUGUUACUGCUUUCUCGACAAAAUGGAAGGCUGAGUUCCUUAAUACCGCCAAAACCAAGUCUGCCAGCGUCCAAAAGGCACCUGCGAAAGACUCAAUUACCGUCGUCAGCGACAAAUUCGAUAUACACAGAGACAUCGUCAGUUGGAUGCUUUCAUGCUGCGAGAGUAAAGGUGUCCGACCAUUUGCAAACCCAAAAUACAAGCCAUAUAGCUACCUGUACUUUGUCCACACCUGCGCUGCUGUCCUUGAUUGUGAAUACCUUGAAGAAGACGCCAACAAGCGCAUGGAGCGAAUCGCACAACCACAAAUCCACUCAGAAGACGUUCGAGCCCUUUACCUCAUGAACCCUGCCGACAAUAAAAUGAGGAAAUUUCUGGUCAAACAUGUUGCAAUCCGUUUCUGGGAGAAGAGACUCAAGGCCAAGAGUGCAUGCUGGACCUUGAGAGAAGAAGAUCCCGGAAUUCAACAAUGCGAUUGA